AUGAAUUCCAACUUCUCCGCCCUCUCCUGCCGUGACACCCUCCGCCUCAUCCUGGAGAGGCUCCCCGUGGCGGACCUCGCCAGAGCCAGCUGCGUUUCCCGGGCAUGGAACGCGGUGGCCUCCGAUGACGAGAUUAGGAGGCGGGCUUUCAUGGCUCCCUGGAAAUUGAAGGAGGUCGUCGGGAAGCCUGGCUCCGGCGGGUUCUGGAGGGACAACGGGAUCGGGAAAUUCGCCGUCUCGCACAAGAUUGUCAGAGGGGAUUCCGUUGCUAGCCUCGCUGUCAAGUAUUCCGUUCAGGUGUUCUUUAAUUUGCCUUUCCCCCCAAUUGUGUUUGAUCGUGAAUUGAGCAGCUUGUACAGGGAAACAAACAAAUUUUGA